AUGGCUCACAUGCUCGGCAGACUCCAGCCUCUCAAUGUACAAAGUAUUCCCCCUUCAUUUUAUAAGGUCCUCCAAAUUGGACCAUUAGUGGUUUCCCAACAAAACGCUGUCACCAAGUAUCGCCGUUUAAAUACUAUUCGUGUUAUAGGUAAGUGGUCCUUCAUUGCAUCUAUACAUUUAUUUUGACAGGUUAGUUUCAAUCGUAAGGUUUCACUCUGCCUUAUCACUUCUAUCAGACACGCACUUAUAAAACCCACAGGUUACUCGCCAAAGUCACCCUUAUACACAGGGUGUCAAGAGGCCAACCUCUUUAUACUUGACCCACACAUGGUCCAUCCCAUGUAUACCUUUAACCGUUUUCAUCAGUUUGGGAUUCAUGCUCAUUCAUGCUCUUUGUCUACGUUUGCUGUCUAAGAGGAAUUCACUUCUCUCACAUUGCCUGCUACAUUAUGUAGAAGUACAUCAUCUGUCCCCCCUAAUCUUCACAGGUAUACUGUAUUCUCGUAUGUUUUUUCUCAGUUUUUAUAUAUAUGUAUAUAUAUGUAUCAGAUUUUACAUAUAAGAUAUUACUCAUGGGUUACAGUCAGGCUCUUCCCUCACAAGCAAAAUCUGUGCACCAUCUACUACUGAGGGUAAGUGGAGUCACAUCCUUCUUUCCACUUUCUCUAUUAUCUAUUCACGCUUCAUGGUAAUCUGGUUGUCCCAUCUCUGUAGGUGUGUACUUUACAGGUCUGCUCUUAGAAACCUUCUUGUUUACCAAGAGAUGUAUGUUAAUCAUUACAGGCAAAUUCGACAAGUAUCAAGCCCCGUACGAGGACAGAGAACUAACCCUUAGGUUUAAGCGCUGGUCCACGAGGGGGGAUAACAUCACAGCAGAUGCACUCAACGUCAUCCUGAUCUCAACGUCAACAAUUAAUAACUACACCCACCAUCAACACGUCCGACCAAAUUCCUGGCACUUAGAGAGCUGGUUAAGGUUUAUAUUAUUCGCACAGUCACUAUUCCGUCACACUCAUUCCAUGAAAACCAAAACACUCAUGUCAUGGUAUUAUUGCUCGCAGUAUUACAACAGGGAGCAGGGGCCUGCUUAAAUUAUCUUGCAACACAUGCAUAAAAAGCUCCACAAUCCCUCAUAACUGGCAAGUCUUUGAAAAGCCUUCACGUUUAUAUAGUCAGAGCAUGUACCUGCCACUCAGCACCUACAUCGGCAAUGCUGCACCUACCGAACGGUAA